GGUUCGGUGUGCAACUACACACAAUGGACUGAUUAUUUCUCCACGAACCCUCCUGGUAUCAAUCUCACCUGCUUGACGCGGGGAGAAAGCAUUGGAAUGACUAUAACUGCCACGGUCGGACUUGUGUCGAUUCUAUCGAUAGUUGCUUUAUUCGUCUUCAUCAUGGUGCGUAUCUACAACAUGUUCGAAUUAUGGCGAACACCCUCAACCGAGACUUGGAGUCUCGUCCGAGGGCCUGCAGACAUCUAUAUGCUUCAACUGCUGAUAUCUGAUAUCAUAAUGGCCAUCGGCGCAGUCAUGGACAUUCGAUGGAUCCAUACCGGUAUCGUUAAGCCAGGUCAUUUUUGCACUGCGCAAGGAAUAAUUCAGGAGAUCGGGGAGGUCAACGUCGCAAUGACUACCGGAGUCAUCGCCGCACACACCUUCGUGAUGCUCUGGUGGCGAAAGGCAAUCCACGGGCGCCUUGUGGCUCUGAUUGUCAUAACUUGCAUUUGGCUCUACAACAUUCUGUACUCUAUCAUCGCUUCAAGGCAGCGUCAGUACGAAACGCCUACACCAUUCUGGUGCUGGAUAGGUGGCAAAGGCGACACGUAUUUGGUGGACAAGAUCUUCGGGGAAUAUUUAUGGCUGUGGAUCACACUUCUGGUUUCGACCAUAGUAUACAUCCCCCUAUUCUUUCUCAGCAGGGGAUAUAUAACAGUAAGCCAGACGCACUGGUGGAAGUUCAGCGUCCACGGAAGGCAGUUCAACAGCACGAGCCCUUCUGCGAAACGCGUCAGCCUCGGUAUGCUUGCGUACCCGAUUACAUACUCCUUCACCAUCCUUCCCAUGUCAAUCGUGCGCUGGUUCAUGUUCACACCAUCACACUCGGUCCCAUCCGUCGCAACGCUGAUCGUGGUCUCGAUCUUCGGUCUCAGCGGCGCCGCCAACGUCUUCCUCCUCCUUUAUGCGCGCCCGGGACUGCUUCUCCUG